AUGUCAGUGAAAGUUCUAAAUGCAGCAACCACUCUUAAUGACAAAGCACAAUUAGCAUCAUAUUUAGUUUCAUAUCGCAUUGCAAAAGAGAAAGUACCAUACACAUGUGGUGAGAAACUUAUUCUACCAUCUUGCGUGGAUAUAGUGAGCACGAUGCUCGAUGGAAAGUCGGCAGACAAGAUCAAAUGUGUCCCAAUCAGUGAUACAACAGUGUCACGGCGGAUAAGUGAUAUCGCAGAAAAUUGGAACAAGCUGGUGUCACACCUACAGACUGCUGGAGAAUUUGCUAUUCAGCUGGACGAAAGAUUUGAGAUAUACAGAGUGCUGAAUGACUGCAUAGUUGGAAAAUACAAGCUGAAAUGGGCCAAUUGCAAAGGAAUUACAACCGAUGAAGCAGCAAAUAUGACUGGGAAAAAGAGCGGGAAAGAAACUGAUGUAUUCCGACACUGUGAGGAAGUAGAAGCAUUUAAGAAGUCAAUAAUGCUGUGGCAAGCAAGGCUUGCUGUUGAUCAACCUCUUCACUAUAUGUUCCAAUACUUUGCAGCAUAUGAACAACAUAAUAACACCAGUGAAGAAACCAUGAAGAAAUUGAAAUGUGAUAUACAGCUGCACCUCCAUUCUUUGUCAAGCAGUUUUGAACAGUAUUUCCUGAAGAAAACCUAA